AUGACAGACACGACUGAAGAUCUCACCCAACUCAACACGGCAAUUGUCCGAGUAUCGAAAGAAGUCCUGAUAUCACUGCUCUGGAAAAUAUGUGAAACGAAUCCAUCAGCUAGAGACUUCGCGAAAGGCCAUCUCUUUGUCCACGAAAAUGAAGUCCCUCAACCAAUGCCAGCAACUACUACUGGUCCCAAGAGGAUGAGAACGCGCUACGCGAACUGCAUCAAUUGCAAGGAAGAGUUUGACGUCUCCGAAAAUACUAAGAAGAGCUGUUCCUACCAUCCGGAUCUUGCCAUGCCGGAUUAUGACAUGUGGCCUGACCAUGAUGAAAAUUGCCAUGGACCGAUUGACACGGAGGAAAAUCAAAGAAAUUAUCCAGGAUCGUUCAUCUAUCAAUGUUGCGAACGCUAUGGUGAUGAAGACCCUUGUGUUACGGAUUGGCAUAGAGAGCGCAAGUACGAUUAUGAGACCGCGAAAAGGCAGAGGUUCUAA